AUGAUUGCCAACGUGCCUUUGAUGGGCAAACAUGUGGAAGAUUCCCUCUUGGAAAAUGAGUCUGAUGAAGAGUCAUUUUACCCCCAGAUACCGAAUACGUCCGCUACUCUUCUUAAUUCCCCACAAAGACAACUUAAAAACAGCCGAAAAUUUAUUUCUGGAGUUGUUUUCCAUUUAAGACUCACCGGAAAGACUAUUUUCAAGGCACCAAACAUAAUUUAUACAAUCAUAGAUCUCAUUAAAGCCCUUACCACUGGAGUCAAAGAAAUGAAUAUUUCUACUAUCCCCACAAUCAGUCUUACCGACACUCCCGAAGGUAUCAUCGAACUCAUCGACUCACUGGGCCGUAGUGAUCUGCCCACUAGCCCACCCUCUGUCUAUAUCGACCUGGAGGGAAUAAACAUUGGUCGUAAAGGCUCAAUCGCGAUCCUCCAAAUCUACAUCCUCCCGAAUAAAAAGACCUUUCUCGUGGAUGUUCACAAUCUUCGUGAACAAGCAUUUUCCACUGCCAAUUCAUCUGGCCUUACCUUGAAAGCAAUCUUGGAGUCCACAUUUAUUCCAAAAGUCAUCUUCGACGUCAGAAAUGACUCUGAUGCUCUGUAUAGCCACUUCGGCGUAAAACUACAAGGGAUCAUCGACCUUCAACUCAUGGAGCUUGCAACUCGAUCUCACAGUCAGAAAUUUCUCAGCGGGCUUGGGAGAUGCAUGGAUAAAGAUCUUGUGCAAACUCCUGAAGAGCUCAAUGUUCGAAGCGCUAUAAAGAAGCGCGGAGUACAACUAUUUGCGCCAGAAAAGGGAGGAAGAUACGAGGUCUUCAAUGACAGGCCGCUUGAUCCAGCAAUCGUGGAUUAUUGUGUUCAAGAUGUCCAACUCAUGCCACAGUUAUGGAACAAUUACAAUUCAAAGCUUAGUUUAAUGGACAAGAGAUGGGCUACUAAAAUUGAGCGAGAAACAGAGGCUAGGCUUCUGUUGUCUCAGAGUCCAGGAUUCAAUGGGAAGGGACCGCAUAUGGCAAAAGCGCCACGCACGUGGUAG